GUGUGCGCGUGUGUGUCUAUGACGUCCCCACAACGCUCUCUCGUAACCCCGCCCAGCGGAGAGUGACGCUUGGACUAGAAUGUCGCCAGUUCACCUCAGUUCCAGACAUGGCAGCGUUGAGACAGGAGCAUCGGUAUGGACUCUCCUGUGGAAAGAUUAAUAAAAGCAUUCCCAAUAAAACCAUCUUUCACGUCAAGCUAACCGACACGGCCAUCCGGACGCUAGAAGCUUAUAAGAAUCACAAGGGGUCCUUACCAAAUCAGCCGGCAAUUUGCUUCAAGGGGAACCAGGGGUAUAUCAAGAUUCCUGCUUCCUCGGAUUCUCCGGAUGCUUUCCGUGUCUUCUCCUUCUACCUGUCCAGUGACAGUAAAGACAAACCUCAGGCCAGCUUCGACUGUAUUCACCAGUAUGUUUCUGGAGAUGGCAGGGAGCAUCUGGAAAGUCAGGGCAGUAUUCAGGACAAAAUCACGGUGUGUGCCACCGACGAUUCCUACCAGAUGACCCGCGAGCGCAUGUCUCAAGUGGAAAAGGACAUCUGGAGCCGCUCAGCCAUCGAGAUCAAACCUGGAUCCACACGUCCAAGUAAAUGUGUGAAGAUUAAGAAGAAACAGGGCCUGCCGACCAGCUUUGACAACACUAAUAGACAUUCACCCAGCAGCAAGAGGAACGGUACACCUAGCUUGGUGGCCCACAGGCCCUUGAAAGAACGUGUCAUUCACGUUCUGGCCUUAAAGCCCUACAGCAAGCCAGAACUACUGCUCUGGCUGGAGAAGGAGAAAGCCAGCCCCAAGGACAAGGCCGACUUAAAUGCUGUGCUGGAUGAGGUGGCUAAACUCAAUCCCAAAGACCACAGCUUUACUCUAAAGGAUGAUUUCUACAGACAUGUGCGGAGGGACUGGCCUGGCUAUGUCGAGGAAGAGCGGCAACUCAUUCAAAGGGUGUUGGCAAGAAAACUCCAGCCUCUCAGCAGCAGCAGCAGCAGUAGCCAGUUAAAAAGCCUCCAGUCCAGCCAUUCAUUCCACAAAACCUCAGGGGAUUCUCCAUCCCAACUCAGCCCUGUCAAGAAUCUCUCCAUGAAACGCCCAGUGCCUUCCGACCAUCCAGAAAGUCAGACACCGAAAAAGCAACGUUUAUUAGACCAGAACAUGCCCUUGCAAUCUCCUUCCAAUGGACAUCUCAUCUCCUCCAUGAGCCGUAGCUCUUCCGCUCAUGGAAACACAAGUUUGCAAAGGGGUAGCAGUAUGGCUCAGCAGAGCCCUGAUGGUCAUUACCAGCAACACAAGCUCAGCGAGUCCAACAGCGUGCCCAAACCAGAACUGCCAGAACCAGCACAGCAGCCAUCAUCCAGCCCCAAACACCCAAGAACUGAACCAGAAAUCUGCACUGACCAGCAGCUAGCAAACGGCCAGCACAAAAAGAAGUCCAAGAAGCAUAAAGAAAAAGAGAGGGAGCGCUUAAAACCUGAGUGGGUCGAGACCAGCCCGGACCUCAAACAGAACCAGGAAAAUAUUAAUGACCAUGAACGACCCAACACACCUGUCACCCGUGCCUCGCCCGAUGAGCUGCCUGAUUAUUUAUUAAAAUACAACACUAUUACAGACUCUGAGCAGCGGCAGAGAUACAAAGAGGAUUUCUGUGCGGAAUAUGAUGAGUACAGAGACCUUCAUGAACGUAUAGGGAAAGUCACGGAGAUGUUUGUUCAGCUGGGAUCCAAGAUAAAGACGCUGUCUCCCGGGACACACAAGUAUAAGGUAAUGGAAGAUCAAAUAAUGGAGAAGUAUAGGAAGUAUAAGAAGAAGUUUCCAGGCUACCGGGAAGAAAAGAAGCGCUGCGAGUAUCUCCAUCAGAAACUAUCACACAUCAAAGGCCUGAUCCUGGACUAUGACCGCACACAAGCGCCCUCCUAGUGCCAGCCAUUCCACUCUCCUCCUCCAGUCUGCUCGCACAGACCAAACGACUCCUCAGUGGAAAUAAACCAGGACCAAAUGUCUCUCUUGAGCACGACAAGGCAUUUCCACGUCUUUCCUCCGCACAAACUGUGGGUAACAAUGUGGAGGCUGAGGAUCUAAGCCCAAACUAUCAAACAAAGGCCAAGACCUCCAACUAGUGACUUAAGCCCUUUAAAGUUUUUUUUUUUUUUUUUUCGUUUGUUCGUGUAAAAUGUGUUGCAUUUAGGAAUUGGUUGUGACGUGAGACACAACCUAAGCCAAAAUGUUGUUUUUUUCCCCCUACCCUAUAAUGCAGCAUAUGUGUGCCCUUGAUCUUCUAACUUCGGCUCUGAGCUCUGACCUUCAGGGCUGUCAGUGGGCUGCUUUUAUGGUACAAUCAUAAAGCCUGGACGAUGAGAGAUGAUUAUCUGUACUGUGUUCGGUCUGUCAGUGAUUUAUCAGAAAACUUAAGCACAGUUUCUAUUUUGAUAUUUUACUGAAUGUAUAUUUGUACACUUGUAAGAUCUCGACAUCUAUAAUAGAGCGUUUAAUCACUGGAUAGAAUAAGGGAAGCCUGGAAUUUUCUCAGCUCUGAGGUGGUCCUACCAAACUCUGUAGAGUACGAGGGUGCAAUCUGUCAUAUGGACGUCUGUGUGAAAGCACCUACGUCAGACUCUUAAUUAGACCAGACCUUCCUCUUUUGUGUGUAGCUACAUGAUGAGCUCUGGGAUGCAAAUUUAAUCUUGAUUUCCUGUAGCCAAUCGUGUAAUGAGAGCAAAGGUGCUUAACCUUGACAGUUCAAAAUCGAUAAAGUGAUAAUUUUCUCAUGAUUUUUAUGUCCAGGGUCCAGUGCUCAAACCACUACAGCACACUGUGUCCUUAAAAUAAUGAUGUUUAUAACAUUAUUAUUAUUAUUAUUAUUAUUAUUAUUUGGACACUAAACAGCAGAAACAAUCAUGUUUUAAAGCAUAUUUAAUUUCUUUUAUCCUUUUUUAAAAUAAAAAAUGUAUUGAUUAAUUGAAAAAAAAAAAAAAAAGCAAUUCUUUACCUGAUCUAUUGGAUAUGUUACAGGAAAUUUGACAUGUUUUAUUGAGAUUUAAUUUCUUGAAGUUUGAAUGAACUCUGCGUUCUUUCCCUUUAAAGCAUGAAGGAGACCUUCAUAGACUGUGUCAGGCUUUCUCUGAAUCCUGAUUUUCGUUUGGGUCAUGUUUUAUGUGAAUGAAAGUAUACAGUAUGUCUGUUUUCCCAGAAUGUAGUACUUGACGGAGGAUCUCAUUGGUCUUCUGCUUUACGUAACGACCUGACACAAACACCAAACGUUAUAGAAGCAGAGUCUUUCCAAAGUCCCCUCUACGUCCAUGUCGUUCCUGUUCAUGCCCAUAGCCUCAUGUACAUUAUGGAAGUAUUUUUGUGUCACUUUCGCGCUUUGACAUUUCUCUUGUGGAGACUGCUGAUCUGUUAUUUAUGUCACUACAGUGUUAGUUCCUCUAAUCCUUGAUCCUGAUUUGUUAUCUGGCUGGAAAACUGAUAGAUUUGCCAAAAUAGCAUUUCUCUUUAUAUUGUUAACAGUUUGUUUCAUCCUUUCAUGGGGCAACUUCAUGUAUUGAUGUAGAUGCCUUAAAUAAACUGGACCACAUUAACUUAAUACAA